GUCGCCAUUUCUCCUCCAUCUCUCUCCUCCAAAUCUCUCUCUCUCUCUCUCUCUUCUCCUUAAAGGAGCGAACUUUCGAGAACUUCGAAAAGGGGGAAAGAAAAUCGAAGGCAAAAACCCACAAAUUUUUCAUUGCAAACCCGAUUCCUCCACCGCCGUUUUUUUGCUUCCGGAGAAGAUCCCCGGAUCUUCCCCCACUUUCGACUUCCGCAGCGGCGCUACCUCGCCGGUUUCCGGCCGACGACGACGAAGGAGGAGGCGGAGGACGACGGAGGAGAAGAUGAGCACCGGCGAGCUCCUCGACAUCGAGCCCUUGGAGCUCAAGUUUCCCUUUGAGCUGAAGAAGCAGAUCUCGUGUUCGCUUCAGCUGUCGAACAGAACCGACAGCUAUGUCGCUUUCAAGGUGAAGACGACCAAUCCCAAGAAAUACUGUGUUCGUCCGAACACGGGGGUUGUCUUACCUCGGUCGGCAUGUGAUAUAAUAGUUACUAUGCAAGCUCAGAAGGAGGCUCCUCCUGACAUGCAAUGCAAAGAUAAAUUUCUUCUACAGAGUGUGAAGGUAAAUGAUGGCGUAACUGCAAAGGAUAUUACUGCUGAAAUGUUCAAUAAGGAGUUGGGCAAUGUGGUCGAGGAAUGCAAAUUGCGGGUGGUUUAUGUCGCGCCUCCUCAACCACCUUCUCCAGUUCCAGAAGGGUCGGAAGAAGGUUCUUCACCAAGGGGUUCUGUUUCCGACAAUGGCAACAUCAAUGGUUCUGAGGUGGCUUCUGUUACAAGAUCGUUUGACGAGCCUCAAGAUAAAUCUGUUGAGGCAAGAGCUCUCAUUAGAAAGUUGACAGAGGAAAAGGAUAAAGCUAUCCAACAAGGUACCAAGCUUCGUCAAGAACUGGAUAUGCUAAGGCGGGAGGGCAGCAAGAGCCAAGGCGGCAUCUCGUUUAUGAUUGUUGUUAUUAUUGGUCUGCUCGGCAUCAUCUUGGGGUACUUCAUGAAGAAGACAUAAUGAGGAGUCCCCGAUUAAAUUCUCACAAUAUUUCCUCUUCUGGCGUUCCUCUUUGUUUCCGAUCUUCAGGGAAGCAAUGAAGAAAGGAAACAAAACAACGGACAAGAUGGGGGGUUUUUAGUGCUCCUUUUAUUUUUAUUUUUUAUUUUUAUUUUAUCUGUUGUGAAGUUAACCAAAUUGAGUUCAGGUGGAGUCAUGGAUCUGUGGCUGCCGGAACUCGGGGUCGGUAGUUAGCGAGUUCUUUUGCGUCGUCAAUGCAUUCUUUUUUGUUGUAACUUGAAGAGGAUGAUGAUUCAUCGGUCUGUUCUUUUUUCUCUUUUCUUUUGUUCCCUUUUUGUCUUUUUGGUGGUUAGAACUUUUCGGAGAUAGCUGUGAAAUGUCCUGACUGGGUAACUGCUAAAUAAAUCCACCCCUUUCUCGGUUA